ACGUCAGUCCUGCCUCCUGUCUUCUGGAGUAUAAGAAUCACUGGAGGCUCUGGACAGCUAACCACUCUCUCCCCUGGGCCCCAAGAACCAUGCUGGUGACUGUUCUUCUCUCACUGGCCCUGCUGGGCACCACUGAGGCUUGCAAAGGGCAGUCAUCCUCCUCCCAGACUGGCAUCGUAUGCAGGAUCACCAGACCAGCCAUCUUGGUGUUGAACCAAGAAACCACGCAAAUGAUUCAGAAGGCAUUCCAGCGUGCCACGUAUCCUGACAUCAAGGGAGAGAGAGUUAUAUUGUUCCUGGGCAAAGUCAACUAUGGCCUAUACAACAUUCAGAUCAGCAACCUGUCCAUCUUCAGCAGCCAAGCGGAGCUGAAGAAAGAUAAGAGCAUAGACAUUGCAAUUCAGAAUGUGUCUGUGAUCUUCAAAGGGACCCUCCAAUAUGACUACAAUGGGAGAUGGUUACUGGAAGUUCAUCGGUCUGUUGACUUUGAAAUUGACGCUUCACUUGACCUCCAGAUCAAUACCCAGCUGAAUUGCAAUGCAGGGCGUGUGCAGGCAGACACCUCCGACUGCUCUUUGUCUUUCCACAAGCUGCUCCUGCGUCUUCAUGGAGAAAAACAACCAGGCUGGAUUGAAAAACUGUUUACAGACUUCAUCUCUUUCACUUUGAAGUUGAUCCUGAAAGGGCAGGUAUGUAAGGAAAUCAGUGUUCUUGCCAACAUCAUGGCCAAUUUUGUCCAGGACAAAGCAGCCAACUUCCUCACAGAUGGAGACAUUGGUGUGGACAUCUCCCUGACCAGAACCCCAGUAAUCAAAGGCAGCUACCUGGAGUCACAUCACAAGGGUUUCCUGACCUACAAGAACCAGUCCUCAAGCUUUCAGGACUCUACCUACACCCCAAACCUCCUGGGUGACUCCCGAAUGCUGUACUUUUGGUUUUCUGAUAAAGUCUUGAGCUCCCUGGCAAAGGCAGCCUUCCUGGACAAGAGACUAAUGUUGACCCUGACAGGAGAUGAGUUCAAGGCGUUGCUGGAGAACAAAGGCCUGGAUACCACCCAAGGCAUCUUGCAGAAGAUUUUUCAGAUUUCCUCCAUCAGUGACUCUCAGGUGGUGGUUCAAAGCCUGACUGCCCCCCUCAUAACCUGCACGCUGGAGGGUACUGUAGUGAAGUCCUCUGUAAGUGUGGAAAUCCAACUCCUGCACCAGGACCAGGCUCCUACUGUGGCAUUCUCUUUUGAAGAGGAUGUUGUGACUGUCAUUCAGGCAUCCUACGAAGAGAAGAAACUGAUUCUAAGCCUCUCUGAUUUCCAGAUUCAGCACAAAUCUUUCCGUUCUGUUGCUACAUUAUCUAUGAGCCAAGAGUCAAUCCAGGACUUCCUGAAGAUCCUUACAACCAUGGUGGGCAUGCCUGUGAUCAUCUCCCGGCUGGAGCCAGCACUCACAACACUGUUGAACAGUAAAGGCCUAGACCUCUUUGAUAUCAUUAAUCCGGAAGUUCUCACCAAACAGGGUUACUUGGUCCUCCAGAUGGACUUUGGAUUCCCCCAGCAUCUGCUACAAGAUUUCCUCCAAACCAUCAUCUAAAAGAGAGCCAAAGAGGGCUGCCUGGCCAACUGAACCAAAGGGAGAUUGGGGAAGGUUGCCUUAGUCUCCUCACCUAUCAAAUGGGGAUAACCAUGAACACUUUCACUGAGGCACCUCACAAGGUUGUUGGGAGCAUCAGAUGAGCUCAUGGGUCCAAAUUGCUUUGUAAAUCUGCAAAGCUGUUAUUAUUCUAAUUAUUCUCAUUAGUAUUCUCAUUGUUUGGUCCCCCUUGCCUACAAGAAAAUAAGGCCAAGAAAAUAAGAAAGAACACCGGUGGUAUUUGCUGUCUUCUCACCUCCCUCCCCAAUUCUUACCCCUACUCUACAAGUAAGCCAGAAGCCCUCACAAGCUCCUAUUGGUAUUAGUCAAUGUCAUUAAAGCUGUGAGUUACUCUUCCUCUUUAGUGGGAGACUGGGGAAGAUGGAGGUGUCUAUUUCUGUCUAAAAACCAUGAGGUAGUUGGACUCCUCCCUCUUUGUCCUUCAUGGGUUUUUCUUGUGGUCCCUAAUGGUUUCUGCUUUCGUGGCACUUCCUCCAACCCUGUUAACUUCUACAAGACAAGUCCCCUUCAUUGUAAGAUUUCCUUAUACCUUCCCUCCCCCAGUGCUGGGGUCAUAUGGUAGCCACCACCAUGGUUUGGGGGUUUCCUACAAUCAGAGUCUGAAAUUAGAGCUGUGGCUGAAUCCUAAAGCAUAAGGGCUACCUAAUCCCCCUCUACCACACACUUGCUGUGUGACCUUUGGCCUGUGAGUUUGCUUCUGUGGGCCUCACAUUUCUUUCCUACAAAAUAAGAAAAUUAGACAAGAUGAUCUCGAAGACUGUUCUCAGCUCUUAUAGCCUAAAAGUCUAUAUUCUAAGAUCAUUUCUCCUCUUUGAGCUUCAGUCUAUUCAUCUGUAAAAUGAAAAGAUCAGACUAGGUUAUCUCUAAGGCCCUUUCUAGCUCUUAUAUUCUGCUAUUCUCAAAAGCCAGGACAAUAAGGAGCAGCGAUUUGUUGGUUGGUUUGAUGUGGUUUAAAGGGAUUGUUGACCCUUUCGCGCCCCCUUUAGUAUACCAUCACUUGCCAAAUUUAUCUCCCUAAAAGACUACUCUGGUCAUGUCACUCCUCUGUUUGAGAACUGCCAAUGGCACAUGCCCAUGAGAUAAAGUCCAAAUUCUUAUUUGGCAUCCUCAGCUUGGCAUUCAAAGUCUUUUAUAAUCUAGCUUCAGUUUAUCUAACUCUCGGGUCAGAGCCUCUCACAAGGGACCAGGCACACUUUGGGAAUAUUCUCACUUCUCUGAUUCAUAGGACCCACCCCCACCCUUCUCCCCUGCCAAUGAUCUGGAAAAUACUAUAUGAUCCCACCUAAUGUGUUGUCACUGACUUCCCACAAAGCUCAAAAAAAGGAAAGUCAACGUUUUGUAGGAAAGCAAAUAGAAUGUACAACAAA